AUGCUGUGUCACUCCCUUUUCGUGUUUACGAUUCUAUUGACAGGUGUUCAAAGUAACCAUCCAAAUUGGUCCUUGCAAUCUGGAAGACUAAAACAACUUGAUUUAAGUCCAUACAACAUUCUUUGGGGUGUAAACAGUAAUCAUCAAAUUUUUAUACGCAAUGGAAAUGGGUGGACCUGGGUAAGUGGUAGACUAAAACAUGUCAGUGUUGGAAACGCUGGAGUGUGGGGAGUGAAUAAAUACGACAAUAUUUAUUAUCGCGAAGGAGUGACGCUCAGUUCAUCAUUUGGCACAAGCUGGACCCAAGUGUCUGGAGGUUUAAUGCAAAUCGAUUCAGGACCAACAGGAAUAGUGUAUGGUGUAAAUUCUGGGCAUAAUAUAUACUGUAGAACAGGAAUCACUGCGUCCAAUCCCAAGGGAACUGGCUGGAAAUGGAUACCUGGAGCAUUAAAAUAUGUUAGCUGUGGAAAAUUUGGCUGUUGGGGUGUCAACAAACACAAUUAUAUAUAUUUCCGAACAAGAGUUACUGCAUCUAAAUGUGAAGGAUUGAAUUGGGUCAACAUUCCAGGAUUACUGAAACAGAUUGAGGAUCAGAUCAGCUCCUGUAAUCCUACUGGAACACAUUGGAGAUCCAUUGCUGCUCCUAAAUUUGAUCAUGUGUCAGCUAGCUUAACUCAUGUAUUCGGAAUUGAUCAAAAUGACAAAAUCUUUAAGUUUAAUGGACAAUGGCGGUUGAUACCAGGCUCACUGAAACAAAUUGAUCACAGUCUUUCUGAGGGUGUUUGGGGUGUGAACUAUCAUGACGCUAUUUUCCGCCUUAACAAAGAUUAUACAUGGACUCAUAUUUCUGGCGGCCUAAAGCACGUUUCUGUUGGUGCAGCAGGUGUUUGGGGAGUAAACAAAUACGAUAGCAUAUAUUACUUUUUGGACGGGUCUUCAUGGCAGCGUAUAUCUGGACGCUUAAAACAGAUCGAUUCUGGUCCAGAAGGGAUUGUUUAUGGAGUAAAUAGCAACAACGACAUUUUCUGUCGUACAGGCAUUUCAACUAAUAAGCGUCAAGGAACAGGAUGGAAACAUGUUUCUGGUAAAUUAAAAUACAUCAGUUGUGGUGCAUUGGGAUGCUGGGGUGUAAAUGGUAAUGACCAAAUUUUUUACCGUUCCGGCGUAUCUGCGCAAAAUUGUGCUGGAACAAGUUGGACUCAUAUCGGAGGAGGUCUUAAGCAAAUCGAGGCUGGGGCAGCUGGUGAUGUAUAUGGAGUAAAUAGUAACAACGUGGUCUACCGUCGAACUGGUAUAACUACGGCAUCUCCAAUGGGCUCAGGUUGGAUAGUUACUUUGUCAUAUGCUUCAUUCGUGACCACUGGCAUUAAAAAUCAGUUUGUUUUAGUUGAUGGAAAAAUUUUUGAAUCUCAAGAUCAAACGAAGCGCUUUCCUUGAAGAAAAAACAUAUUUGGCUGUGACGGAAUAGAGAAAUGUUGAUGUAGUUUUGGCAUGAAGUAUCAUUUAUUUCUAAAGUUUUCUGUAGCUUAGAUAAGUGGUAAUGUACACAGUACAUGUAGUUUUCUCUAUUUUUGAUAAAAAUGUAUAACGUACGGCAA